GUGAUAUUUAAUUUUUUUGUUUCUGUUAUGUGUAGCUUUAUGGAUUGCUUUUUGUGAACUUUUAAACAAACAGAGAAACACAAACAAUACCCUUUGUUAGUUCAAUAUUCUCAGGGAAGAAAUGAGGUUCAUUUUUAUUUUCAUUUUACUUUAUUGAUUUUUUAUCAUCAAAUCUAUUUACAGGGUAAUGGUGAAAAGUCCUAAUGAGGAGGAGACAAUAUUGAAGAAAAAAAACAUGCUAUCCAAGCUUGUGUCUGGUAUUGAAAGACUCAAGUUUUUCCACUGGUUGGGUCAGUUUUUUUGGAUGAUUACUCCUUUAAUAGUAUUGAUAAACUUUUGUCUUAAAAAUAACUCAUUUCAGGGGGUUACUUUACCUCUUUUUAUAAUUAGCUAUGGCUUCCAAGCUAACAUGAUCCUUGCAACAAUGAUAAUCCCACCAAUCACAGGAUAUCUGUGGAGAAAUGGUGAGCAUAUCUUGAGGAAUGAAAAAUUAAAGGCACCAAAGCUGAUGCCUCUACUUAUUCUGGCUCUCAUUGUAAAACUAACGUAUCUAGUAUAUGUGUCAAUAUACUAUGAUAUGUCCUGGCCUGGUCUUGUAUUUUAUGGUAUAGACAUGACAUAUUAUACAAUUCUUCUUCUCAUUUUUGGGUCUUCAUUUGCCGCACUUGAAAAUGAAAUCUACCAAGCACAAUUGGAAAGCAUCAGUAUUGACAAGAUAUCCAAUAUUCUCAACCACUUCAGGGCGAUUAAAAAAGGAUCUGGAUUUGGGCUGUUUUGUGUAUAUAUCUCCAACUCAAUAAUGAUAAUAUUGAAUAUAUACCUAUCUUUGAUGAGCUUACAAAGAUGCUUACCAGAAAGGAUGAGUUUGAGUAACAUAGGAUUUGUGUUUGUGUUGCAAGGGUUGAUCCCUAUUCUCACUCUGCUCUACAUAACUCUGAUUGCUGACUCUGCUUUUUCUAGCUUUAAAAGUGUACUUGUUGAGCUAAGGGAGGCCUUUUUUAUUGUGGAUGAACAAACAAGGCAAGACAUCCUCAUCCUUUUUCACAGUUUUGAAGCAGAAGAACCCUUGUCAGCCAUGGGAUUUUUCUCUGUACAGAGGUCCACACUUACAGCAGAAUUUGGCACAAUUGUUACUUACAUAAUCAUCUUGUACCAACUACCAUUCUGUACUCCUCAGUAAUUUAAUUGAAUAUCUAAGUACACUAAGCAUUGUUUUACUCUUAACUACCAUGUUUAUUGUUUAUAUGUCAUAUGACUACCAUUUGUAAUAUUUAAAUUUCACAUGUAUAUCAAUUGUGAUUUAAUUCUGCUUAAAAUAAAUAUGA